GAUACGGUGUUUCGUCCUCGUUAAAGUGCAGUAUUUCUUGAAAAGCUAUUUCAAGAAAUGAUUAUUUGAAAUAGUGAAAAGUUUAGUUGUUUAAUAAUAUAUGAAUUUACAAUCGGUUGCCUAGAGAGCAUCGUGUAGGCAAAUCAUCACGGCGUUAUAUUUGAAAACGACAACUAUUAAGAACCGUGUAUAAUCAUAGUAAUGGAGAAUUAAGCGAUCGCUUCGACUAGCUUUGAUUGAACGCAAGAAAAUUUACGACGUUUCUUGUGAAAAUUAUCAGCUGUUUCAAGGAGCUUCGUAAAUUUAAUUUAGUUAUACUAAGUGUAUAUUUAAGGACUUGGUUAUUACUCGACGCGUGAGAUAGUCGCGUAUGUAGCUACGAAAACUUUUGUUUCAAGUUGCUUAACAGUUGGAAUAAAAAAAGAGGCGUUGUUUUGCAAUGUCGACUUUUGAAGAGGAAAAGGAUGUAAGAGACCUCGUUUUGUUGAAUGCUGAAAUGCAAACAAUUUGGAACAAGAAAGAGUGCGAAGUUCGCGAUGUUUUAGAAAAAUUCUCAGCUUAUCGUGCGGCUGUCGACUCUGAUGCUAAGGAAAAGGACGAACUUUUUGUUGAAGAGAUAGGCAAACGAGAGAAAACGAUCAAAGAUCUUGAAUUGAAAAUAGUUAUUCUACAAGAUGAAAUGUGUCGACAAAAUGAAACAUUUAAGGCCUUCAUCGCCGACGUUCAAACUGCUGAGAAAGAUUACAUACAGCAGCUUGUGGAUGUAAUACAGAUCGUUCAAGGUUUAUCAGAUUCUUUGGAUAAAUCCUCAGCUCAAAUUAUCUGUCAUAAUAUCAGAGUUCAAAUUGAGACUUUUGUUGCUAAAUUCAAGGAAAGAGAUUAUAGAAGAUAUAUCAAUUGCUGUGAUGAUAAUGGAUCUGAAUUAAAGUCUGCAGAUAAAGUAAAAACGAACACUCUGACAAACACUUUCUUAUCGUCUUCAAUGGAUGAAGUUAAAGGUUUCUCUCUUAUUUCUUCACCUGAGGGAGAACAACUGGAGAAUUUCUAUUCUGAAGACGUCUUUGGUCAAGAUGGCAACAUACUUUCUUUGGAGCAGUUUUCAUCUGAUAUUUUUAGUUUUGUCUCAACUAAAACGUCCAAUAACGAGCAUCUUGACCACGAGAUUUCUGAAGAAGACUUUUCAAAACUUUCGAAUGAAGUCGAUUCUUUUGAGAACGACUUUUGCAACUGGACUCCAUUAACAAACAGGCAGUUGUGAAGCUAUUUGAAGAGCAUCGGGAAAGAUAUCGGCUCACUUUAACG